UGGAUGGUGGCUUUUGAUUUACCAUUGUAUAAUUUAUUUCACUUUACUUUAACGUCUUGAUCAUCUUCCACUGAGAAAUGAUUGUUCUCUCAUACUUUUUACUAGCACUAUUUACUUGUGCUUAUGUUGAGGGUUCCGCCGUUUACGGGAUUUUCAAGGAUAUAUCCUCAAUUACUUGGAGUCAAGCAGGAACCACUAGUCCUCAACUUCCUGAAACACCCAAUUGGAUAGCCACUCUUGAUUGGGCCAUCUCCGGAGUUAAAGCUGGUGAUACUUUCCAAAUGAGAUUACCCUGCGUCAGUAGAUUCACCUCCUCGACUCCUUCCGUUGACUUAUCUGCGAACGGUAAAACAUUUGCUACUUGUGACUUUUCACACAGUGAUGAUACAAAUCCUGAUUCUUAUUUGCUAUGUACUGUCUCAAGUAUAGUCACCGAUUCUACUAAUGUGGUUGGGACUGUUACCAUUCCAUUCAUCUUUAAUUCUGGGUUGGGUACUUCACAAUCUGAUCUCACUUGUUCGGUAAAAUUUUCUGCUGGGCCAAACACAAUUAGUUGGAGCGAUGGAGAAAAUGUUUUCUCUUCAACAGUAAACUUCAAUAAUGGUGUUAACGCUGAUUUAUCUAGCCAAGGAGUGCUGCCAGGUACUAUAGCUGUUGACCGAAGGGUUCUUCCUAGCAAAAAACAUGAAUAUUCUUUUCUUGCCAGUGGUGGCUGUUAUUUUAAUCAAGCUUAUUCCGGAGUUUUAACCAUGACUUUGAAUACUGGGAAUAUCGAUUGUGACUCCAUCAAUGUUGCUGCCGUUAGUUAUAUAAAUCAAUGGUACCUCCCGGCUACCGCUGAAACUCUCAGUUACUCGGUACUCUCUUGUAAAAAGCUUCAAGUCCUGAUUGCAUAUUCUGGUGCUACCAAUUAUGUUCGUCCAUUUUUGGAUAUAAUUGUAACUCCUUAUCGUCCUACUGCUACUGUCGAAUACACUAACACUUACAAUUGUUUAUUUGAUUUCUACACAUACACCAACAAGGCUGAAUACGUUUGGAAUACUGAUAAGUUUGUUAGACCAAAUGUAGUAGCUAGAGAAAUUACUCUGGCUACCACUACUUGGAGCGGGAUAGAUACCCAAACAACUACCCUUCCUUUUAAGAGUAAUGGUGGUACCGAAACUAUAGAAGUUCUCGUUCCAGGUCCAUCUACUACAUCCAAACAAAGUUCAAGCUCCUUCAGUUCAAGCCCAUCUUCCAAAAGUAGCUCUAUCAAUAAAAGAUCGUCUAUUUCACCCGUCAGAAGAUCAUCCACUAUAAUGGCUACCUCUACUGACUCAACCCCUUCAUCUACAAUCUCAGCAUCGAAUCCUAGAGCAUCUAGUAAUAUCGUUACUACAUAUUCUACUAUUUCUACGGAAUUGUCUAAUUCAAGAACUACAAGCAUUCACUCACCUUUCCCUCGAUCUACCAAAGUGCAGAGUCAUGAUUCAUCCAAUAUUGCUGCCUCUUCAACUUUCACAGCUAGUAGUGAUUCCACUGUCAGCCCAUCUUCUUCUACUGCAUCUUCUACUAGUUCUGAUCUUCACCUCUCGUCAUCUUCUGUUGUCUCAUCAGGUUUACCAUCAUCCAACGAAGAUCUCUACUCCCAAUUCUCAUCAUCUGUUGUUUCAUCAUCUGUUGUUUCAUCAUCUGUUGUUUCAUCAGCUUUACCAUCAUCCAGCGAAGCUCCUUACUCUAGAUUCUCAUCAUCUGUUNNUCAUCAUCUGUUGUUUCAUCAGCUUUACCAUCAUCUAGUGAAGAUCUUUACUCUAGAUUCUCCUCAUCUGUUGUUUCAUCAGCCUUACCAUCAUCCAGCGAAGCUCCUCACUCUAGAUUCUCAUCAUCUCUUUGCCUUCAUCUAGUGAAGAUCUUUACUCUAGAUUCUCAUCAUCUGUUGUUCCAUCAGCCUUACCAUCAUCCAGCGAAGCUCCUCACUCUAGAUUCUCAUCAUCUAUUGCUUCAUCAUCUGUUGUCGCAUCAGCUUUGCCAUCAUCUAGUGAAAAUCCUUACUCCAGAU